AUGGUCAAAUUUUCCUCAUCCCUGGCCAUCAUCAUACCCUGCGCAUCUUUCCCCUUUUAUAUCUUCGUUGCAAGUCGUUCAUCCAUGAGCCAUCUGGGCAAGAUGGAGGUAGCUUGGCCACAGUUAUUCAAAAGCGACUUUCUCAAUCCCGAUGUACUGAAUGCAGCGAACCCACAUCCAGUUUGGGGCUACGCACACGGACCUAUCCCAAAUAACAAUCCUGAUUGGAAACUAAAAUCAACGACUGCAAAUGGAUCCAUAAGCAUAACCAAAGCCACAGCUGCUCUUGCUGCUGAUGGGCCACAAGCCCCGAUGGUUACUCUUAAUUGUUGGGACACCAUAGUAUGCGAUAUAUUGGUGAAAGACACCCAGCUAUGUGGAGCGAGUUUCAGCGACCCGGGCAGUUUUCCCCGUCACGUUCGUCUACACCAUCGUGGUGCCGUCCACCUGCCAAGCCACGGCCCUCUGAAUAUCGAGGAAGCAACUGCUGCACAUAACGCGAUAAAGCGUUGGAUUUUGAUGGGAGGUUGGCGUGAUGCCCUCUAUUUGAAGGAACCUAGGAAAAACGUCAUUGCUGCCUCUCGGAUCGGCUUUUAUUGUGAUACAUUAGAGGAAAUUGCGCGCACCGAUGCCCAGUUUGCUGCAGAGUAUGGGUCCCAAUUUCACCGAUCCGGGUACCGAGACCCAAGUCUUGCAUUAGACUACGUAGGUAUACCUCUGGAAGACGCCAAGAGAAAGGAUGUUGACAAUACUAAGUGCAGGAUUCAUCUUCCUGCCAAUCGAUUGAUCCCCUUGGGUACAGCAACCGGUGGCGAUGACUUUGUAAAGUCCUCUAGAUGUGAAAAAUCUACUCAAACUGAGCCUGUAUUUUACAAUGACCUCAAUGUUAACCAUAGUGUUACAUCUGGAUCUGGACCUGAUUAUAAGAAAGUGUCCAAGUUUGUGUUUGAGGUCGACUCCGAGGAUGAGGACCAAGAAGAGUGGCCGGUUGACGCUGUCACUGAUAUCUUUGCUGGGUUGUAUUUACCGUCAAGCAGGUUAGACGCAGCAUAUGGACCAAUGCCGGGAGAAAUGGACUAG